AUGCUGCCUCUCCUUCUUCUCUUCGCCUUUUUUGAGGUCGUCUUUGCUGGGCACCCUGUAUCAGCAAACAUGAGGUGGCCUCGUGAUCAAUAUACGGCAAUGUUUACAAUCUAUUGGUGCUUUGAGAAUCAGAUCGCGGAGACACAGAUUACUGUGCAACGCAUGGAUCUGGCAUGGGCUACUUGGACCUCAGUCCUGGGAACGGCUUCUGAAGGAUCUAAGCACGCUUUGGAAUUCAAACGUUGGAAACCUCCAGGUGCGCAAAGCUAUCCCUAUUGUUACGAUACCAACAACAAAUGGACUUAUGGUAUGCCACGCGCGGCGGUGCGUAUAAGAUAUGAUCCUGCAACGUUCGGGGCAUCUGCUCUGCCUGGCUACCAGGGCAACGUAAAGGGCGCACAUUAUCUAACCCAGGGGCCCCCGGGGCUACCAGGUUCAAUCUUUGUGGACCCGGCGUGGCAGAUAGCACACGAGCUGGGUCAUGUGUUUGGCCUUUUGCACGAGCAUCAACGACCGGAUCGAGAUAUCUACGUUCAGUACAGGCCUGAGCGCGUGAACGGAUUCUCACAAGCUUGGCAGAGUGCUCAAGCCGCAGGCGUCUCCUUUCAGCAACUGACGGAAGAGGAUGGUUGCGCUGAACUAUUCAACUGGGACUUAGGCAAGGAUUUUCGAAAGCUUGCAUCGGCUCCAGAUUACCAGUCGGUCUACGACUACGCUUCCAUCAUGCAAUACGAUGGGAUAACGGGGAUGGCCGUGUAUGAUGAUCGGGUUCCAUAUACAGCAACAGACCCUAACUCGUACCCAAUGGCUCAACUAGGCCUGGCAGAUGCGCAAAACCAAAUACCGCUCAUCCUUUUGCCGUUACAGGGCCGUCGUCCUGGGGAAGCUCACCAUAUUUCUGCGGGCGACGCUGCUGCCAUCAGGUUUAUGUAUCCUCACUAUUGA